GACCACGAAACUGCAACCCACAAUGCAGCGCGGGACUAUAUAAGCAAAGAUGGCGGCAUUUUGGUCACCGCUGAUGUUGUGAACUUAUGCACUUUGUUGUUUGGUGCUAGUUACAGGCUGUGUUUAUCGCAGAUACGGCAAUUCUUUGUAUCCGUGCCCUGGGUGUUGACUGUGGUUUAGGGUUUACGUAGUGCUGCUGCUGCUGCUCUCUGUCUGCUUUUGGUGUUUCGGGCCAUUUCCUGUCUCGUUUCUCGGCUAAGUGUCAGUGACAACGACUCGGAAGUAUUUCCCCAAUUCGACCAUGAAGGAGGCUCUGUCCCUGGUUCAGAGGUUGAGCGCACACCCGGACUCCCGCUGCUGGUUCGUCAGCUGGAGCCCCAACGGGACGCUUCUGGCCUCAUGUGGGGGCGACAAGACCAUCCGGAUAUGGGGGAAAGAAGGUGACUCCUGGAUAUGUAAGAACGUGUUGCAGGAUGGACACCAGCGCACUGUGAGGAAAGUGGCUUGGUCUCCAUGUGGGAAUUAUCUGGCCUCUGCCAGCUUUGAUGCUACCACUUGCAUCUGGAAAAAGAAGAACGAUGACUUUGAGAGUUUGACUGUGCUGGAAGGACACGAAAACGAGGUCAAGUGCGUGGCGUGGGCCCCUUCAGGGAAUCUUCUAGCCACAUGUAGCCGAGACAAGAGCGUCUGGGUUUGGGAAGUGGAUGAAGAAGACGAGUAUGAAUGUGUUACAGUUGUGAACUCUCACACGCAAGAUGUCAAGCACGUUGUCUGGCACCCGACCCAGGAGCUCCUGGCCUCAGCCAGCUAUGACAACAACAUUUGCCUUUACAAAGAAGAGGAUGAUGACUGGGAGUGCCGGGCCACCUUACAGGGACACACGUCCACAGUGUGGAGUUUGUGUUUUGAUGCAGAUGGUCAGAGGCUGGCUUCGUGCAGCGAUGACCGCACUGUGAAGAUCUGGAGAGAGUAUCCAGCUGAAAGUGGACAGGAUUUGUCGUGGAAGUGUGUUUGCACUCUGUCUGGGUACCAUGGACGAGCGGUGUAUGAUGUCUCCUGGUGUCGGCUGACUGGCGCUUUAGCAACUGCCUCUGGUGAUGACGCAGUGCGAGUUUUCAAGGAGGAUGAGACGGCCAAUCCCGAGGAGCCGGUAUUCUCACUGGCUGCUCAGGUGGCCAGAGCUCACAACCAAGAUGUUAACUGUGUGUCCUGGAACCCAAAGGAGGCGGGAUUCCUGGCUUCGUGCAGCGAUAACGGAGAAAUUGCCAUUUGGAAGUUCCAAGAAGAGGAAUGAACAUCCCUGGAGUGCAUAGUUGCGCGUUAAAUUGGGAACUUUCUGCGGCAUUCACCACAGAUCAUUAUUUUAUAGCUCAUCAGGAUUCUGCUUGACAUCAGCGCUCAUCUGUGUCCAUGCUGAGAAUACUGCUUCAUGUGCUUUGAGUAGCAGCGCCACUGAGAAUUAAUAGAAAUAACAUGUUUAACUAUAAAAUAAAGUGAAAAAUGUUUCUUCUCCUUUUUAUUGCAAAAGCAUUUCAGACAGCACAUCAUAGUAAAACACUUCAACCAGUCCAAGGAUUAAAUUUUAUAAUAAAAUGAUUUCAAUCCAAAAUAUAACCGGACAGUUGUUUUUAAACACCCUACCUGGUUUAAGGAUGCACCAUCCCCAGGAUUUAUGUGUUUCUUUAAUCCACAAUGGCCAAUUACAUU